CCCCCGACGGCCCACCCGUUCCCCCGCUUUAUUCUAUUUCCGCGUGUCCUCCGCUCAGCCACGCCAACGCCACCGUCCCCGCCGCCGCUGCCAGUCCUCGCCGGAAUAUUCGUCCCUCCACGCUCUAUCCUCCGUUUUCCGAGUACGCAGCGCCAUCUCCCGAUCGUUCCCCCCUCCUAUUUCGCUCUCUGCGUUUCUCUCUCUACCCAUUAAUAGCUUUUGAUCCAUAAUCUCUCAAUUUCUUCUCUCCCGUUCACACUCGAAGAAUGAAACCCCGCCUUGCUCUUCCCUCCCGCCGCUUCCAAUCCCCUGAUCUGCGCGAUCUGUACCCCUGAUUCUUUCAUGCAUCCAUUCUGCUGCACCUCCACCGUCUCGGAGAACAAGUCGUCGCCUACUCUCUCGCCUCAAUUCGCCAUGCCCGCCACCGCUCAGCCCCAUGCAGGCAGGUCCAAUCCCCCCGCCCAGUUUGCUAAUCAUGUUCAGAACCAUAACCACCAGAAUAGUAACAACGAUAAUAACUUGCCCAGUCACCGGUCAACGGCUCCUCUGGCGACGGUGCAGUCUGCGAGGGAGCAGCCGGCUAUUGACGUGAAGUUGAACGAAAUAGUUGGGAACGGGAUAGCCGGUGUACUGUACAAGUGGGUGAAUUACGGCAAGGGGUGGAGGCCGAGGUGGUUUGUCUUGCAGGACGGUGUCCUGUCGUAUUAUAAGAUUCACGGUCCUGAUAAGAUCGUCGUUGAUCAAGAGAUGGUGAAAGGUUCGAAGAUCAUUGGUGAAGAAUCCAUGAGGAGGAUCUCCAGGUUCUCCAAUGGCCAAUCACAGAAUCGGCGUCAGCCACUCGGAGAAAUUCAUCUUAAGGUUUCAUCAAUCCGCGAGAGCAAGUCGGAUGAUAAGAGGUUUUCGAUUUUCACGGGAAUGAAAAGGCUGCAUUUAAGGGCAGAGAGUCGGGAAGACCGAGUGGCAUGGAUGGAAGCAUUGCAGGCGGUUAAAGACAUGUUCCCGAGGAUGUCUAACAGCGAGCUUAUGGCUCCGAUUCAAAAUAUAACCAUGUCGACAGAAAAGCUGAGAGAGCGGCUUCAGCAAGAGGGCGUUAGAGAAGCCACCAUACAGGAAAGUGAACAGAUCAUGAAGAAUGAAUUCUCAGCGAUGCAGCAGCAGCUGAUGCUUCUAAAGCAGAAGCAAUGGCAGCUGAUUGACACACUGCGGCAGUUAGAGACAGAAAAGGUUGAUUUGGAGAAUACGGUCGUUGAUGAGAGUCAGAGACAGUGCAAUGACCAAGGGACUUCUGCACUGAGGCGGGAGAAAGAUAGUGCAGAAGCAAGUGCCAGUGGAUCUGAGGAUGAAAGAGUUGAUAUAGCAGAAGAGGAAACGGAUGAUGAAGACCAUACUUUCUUUGAUACACGAGAUUUUCUAUCAUCCAGUUCUUUCAAAAGCAAUGGUUCCGAUUAUCGGAGAUCAUCUUUCUCAUCAGAUGAUGAAGGCCUAAAUGCUGGUGAAUCUGACAAUGACAUCAAUUCUUCAAUCAUGCCUUCUGGAACUAACUUUCCGUAUGUCAAACGGCGGAAGAAGUUGCCUGAUCCUGUUGAAAAGGAGAAGGGUGUCAGUCUCUGGUCAAUGAUAAAGGAUAACAUAGGGAAGGACCUCACAAAAGUUUGUCUUCCGGUUUACUUCAAUGAGCCUCUUUCAUCCUUACAGAAGUGCUUUGAAGAUUUAGAGUAUUCAUGUCUGCUUGAUCGGGCAAAUGAAUGGGGAAAGAGGGGUAACAGUCUCAUGAGAAUUCUGAACGUUGCUGCUUUUGCUGUAUCUGGAUAUUCUUCAACUGAAGGAAGAAGUUGCAAGCCAUUUAAUCCAUUGUUAGGAGAGACGUACGAAGCAGACUAUCCAGAUAAAGGGUUACGCUUCAUCUCAGAGAAGGUCAGUCAUCAUCCUAUGGUUGUUGCAUGUCAUUGUGACGGUACCGGGUGGAAGUUCUGGGCUGAUAGCGAUUUAAAGAGCAAAUUUUGGGGUCGCUCUAUCCAGCUCGAUCCAGUUGGCACUCUUACUCUGGAAUUUGAUGAUGGAGAAGUAUUCCAGUGGAGUAAGGUAACAACAUCUAUAUACAAUCUCAUACUGGGGAAGCUUUACUGUGAUCAUUAUGGAACAAUGCGGAUACAAGGAAACCGUGAGUAUUCGUGCCAGCUGAAGUUCAAGGAACAGUCUAUCAUUGACCGAAACCCCCACCAGGUGCAUGGUAUAGUUCAGGAUAAGAAUGGGAAAACAGUGGCAACGUUAUUCGGUAAAUGGGAUGAAAGCAUGCAUUAUGUGAUUGGAGAUUCUUCAGGGAAGGAUAAAGGGUUGGAGUCUUUAUCUGAACCCCGCUUGCUAUGGAAACGGAGCAAACCUCCCAAGUUUCCAACAAGAUACAACUUAACACGCUUCGCCAUAACACUCAAUGAGCUCACCUCAGAGCUCAAGGAAAAAUUACCUCCGACUGACUCGAGACUGAGACCCGACCAGCGAUAUUUGGAAAAUGGGGAGUUUGAAAUGGCAAAUGCAGAGAAGCUGAGGCUUGAGCAGAGACAGCGGCAGGCUCGGAAGAUGCAAGAGAGGGGCUGGAAGCCUCGAUGGUUUGCAAAGGACAGGGAAAGCAACGCCUUCCGUUACACUGGCGGAUACUGGGAGGCCAGAGAACAGGGGAGCUGGGAAUCUUGCCCUGAUAUCUUUGGCCAGAUUUCUUCUGACCAAAUGCUCGAUUAAUGGCUCCAAUCUCCUUCAGGAGUCGUCACUUGUUUCACGAUUUUUCUUCUCCCCAUAGGGUAGGCAGCGAACCAUUCCAGAGCUCUCAGUACUCUGCAGAGCAGCGUUAUCGUUUGUAAGUAAGCAUUAGAUUCAAGUUAUUCAACAGUAUAAUAAAAAGAAAGUAAAGAAUUUCUUUUA